AUGCUUUCGCCGUUUAGUUGGAAGAACUUCCUCAAAACCGCCAAUAUUGGCGUCGCAAUUCUUGCUCUUUGCUCCAAUUUCCAAUCUGUCUCUGCCGAUCUGCCUUCAUCAGAGCGCUUUGAUUUGACCACCCCAUCUUACGAUCUAUUUCGCAACAAAGCGUUACAAGAUUCAACGGUCCAGCAGGGGUUCGCAUUCGACAAUACCAAUCGGCGACUAUUUGUCGCCCAGCGUCGUGAUGGCUCCUCGGAAACAUCAGGAGACUUGUGCAUCACCCAACUAGACUUUGAUGGCAAUUAUGUUGGACACAUGUAUCUGACUGGCUUUGGCCACGGCGUCUCCUUUGGCGCCCAGGCCGAAGGGUCAUCCACAUAUCUUUGGACCGAGGUCGAGGCCAACUCGAAUGGCUACGGAAAGAAGCUUGCGCGAUUCAAGUUCACCAAUGGGAGUACGCUCUCUGCUUCCUCCUCGUCAUUGAAGAAACUCCAGCCUUUCUCCGCUGCCACCGAACACACUUGCUCUAUCGACCCUGUCAACAACCGCCUGAUUGUGCGAUACAACCUCAGCGACGGGAAACAUAUUGCGGUCUUCGAUCUGGUCAAGGCGACCAAUGGAGAUUUUACCAACCCGCUGGCAAACUUCAAACAUCCAUCCGUAAAUACCAAAUCCGCUACUUUCCAGGGCUAUGCUGCCUAUGGGCAAUAUAUUUAUUUGUUGACGGGCACCUCGUACGAUGCCUCUGGCAGUGUGGUCAACUCUGAGGUUACCAGUGUCAAUAUGAAUACCGGUGCUGUUGUGCAGGGUCCGACAUUGACAAAGGCUGGAUCCACCCUUUCCUUCCGUGAACCAGAAGGGUUGGCAAUCUAUAAAACGGUUGCCGGUGAAGUUCGCCUUUUCUUAGGCUUUGCUUCGGGCAAGGCAGGAGAUCGGAGAUCUAAUUUGUUCUACAAGAAUGUUUUGAUUUAA